AAGAAGGGAGGGAUAGAUCAAAGAAAGUUCCGUCUGUGAAAAUUGAGGAUUUUCUAAGGGCGUGGUCUGCGUUGUGUGUGCGUGUGUGUGUGUGUGUGCGUGGUGUGUGUGUCAGGUCUUUCUUGCCUCUGGCAUUGAAAAGUCCUGGUGUAGUGCCUGGUUUGCUUUGUUUACAGAUUGUGAAAUUUGGCUCACGCAUGGGCGGGCUAGUUGAAAAGUUCAAAGGUUGCUGACUGCUCAGUAUAACUUGGGAGACUGUAGUCCCAGCCAGGGAAGGAACUUUCCCCUUCACCACACGAAACACCGGUGGCUCAACUUACCCCUUUGGCUCAACUUACCCCACUCUCCUCUACCCAUUGUUUCAAAUAACAACGCCGACCUUCACUAGCUUGCGAAAACUGUAAAGCAGAUGGAGCCAGUCUCUUUCCCAGCGCAGUCCCGCGUCGCCCUCUGCGGUGGCACCCAUGGCAACGAGAUGUCGGGCGUGUAUCUGGUGAGGGAGCUGCAGAGGCAGAAGAUAGAGAAGGUAGGGUCGGCGACCUUGACCACAGUCAUAUCCAACCCGCGUGCUGUCCAAAUGUGCAAACGAUACACUGACGUGGACCUCAAUCGUUGUUUCACCGACGCCAUACUCAGUUCACCUGUGACGGACGCCACUCCGUACGAGAUGAGGCGAGCCCAGGAGCUGAACACUCUACUGGGGCCCAAGGGCAGCAUGGGGGCCAUGGACCUGGUGUGUGAUCUCCACAACACCACAGCCAACAUGGGCCUCAGUCUCAUCUCCUACUCUGACCAAGACUGGGUCAUCCUGCACAUCUAUAGACAAAUCCAGAGGAAGAUAACCUCAGCGCCAGUGAGGUUUAUCCUGCUGGAUCUACCACUAGCUGAUGCCUACUCUCAGGACUCCCUGGGGAAGCAUGGCUUCUCGAUAGAGGUGGGACCUCAACCCCAUGGUGUGGUCAGAGCCGACAUCUUCAACAUCAUGAAGGAGGCAGUCGACCAGACACUAGAUUGGGUCCAGUGCUUCAACUCUGGAAGUGCCUUUGAAGGUGGCGAGGUGGACGAUGUGUACACCUUCGUGAAGAGUGUAGACUACCCAAGAGACCCAGAGACCAAUCAAAUCACUGCUGCCAUACAUCCCCAACUACAGGACCGUGACUUCUGCCUCCUCCAUCCGGGAGAUCCCAUGUUCCUGAUGUUUUCUGGGGAGAUAGUGAAGUACGAAGGGGUAGAAGUCCUCCAUCCCUACUUUGUGAACGAGUGUGCAUACUAUGAGAAGAGUAUUGCAUUCCACCUGGCACGAAAGAUGACACUCACUAUCCCCCCCUUGCAAGUGAAGAAAGGUUGAUGAAGGUAGAGGGGGAGGAAAAGAGACAAUUUGAAGAGCGGGAGAAUUAAAGGGAAAACACGCACAGAACCUUAAGAAGCACUGACUAGUCUAACCUCAUUUUCAAUUGAUUUUUAAUUCUAUUGUUUUUAGUCAUCACCAAAUAUCCUCAGGAAUACUGUAUGUGAAAGGAUGCAUGGUUCAAUGCAAUAACCUAGUAUUUCAAUUAAACAUGUACAUUUUCUGUUUAA